AUGGUCGUUAAUAACCCAAAUAAUUGGCACUGGGUAGAUAAGAACUGUAUUGGCUGGGCCAGAAACUACUUCAAUGAACAUUUAGUUGGUUUGAGUACAGGCAGCCAAGAUAAUGACAAAGAAUAUUGUGAAAUUACAGCUGUUUCCUCUGUAGAAGGUGAUUGUGAAGUGAACCAACGUAAGGGAAAGGUAAUUUCUCUAUUUGAUUUACAGAUUGUCCUAAUGAUCAAGGGUUUUGUUGAUAAUGACAAUGAAUUUGAAGGCAGUAUCAGUAUACCCGAGGUUGCAUUUGAUUCUUCUAGGGAUGAUUAUCAAUUUGAAAUAUCAGUAUACAAGGAGACUAGUAAAUUAAACGAGAUUAAGCCUGUCAUUAGAGCCAACUUGCUUCCACAAUUGAGACAAAUGUUUCAGAACUUUGGCCAAGAUUUGUUAAUCACGCAUGGGAAUGACAUUCAAGUGCCAGAAGAACAAGUGAAAUCCCAAUUUACAAAGGCCAAUCAGCAGGAAAGUUUUGCAAAAGUGGAAAAGUCUCCAAGUGCAGGAGCUGUGGCCACGAGUAGUAGUCCAAGUGUAACCGGCAGUGCUAUAUCCAGCAGUGCUGAUAACAAAGCAAAAAAAUUCACUUCUCGAAGUAUCAGUAACACUAGUACUAUUCAUUUGGAACCUUCAUUUAACGUACCAGCAUUUGAGCUUUUCAAUACCUUCAUCGAUAAAGAACGUAUACUCAUUUGGAGUAAAUCAGCAAUCAGAGAACAUAAUGAUGAAUCAAAUGGUUCUCAAUAUCUAAUGGUGGGGGACAAGUUUGAUUUAUUUGAUGGCAAUAUCUCGAAUGAAUUGCUUGAAUCGAAACUAGGUGAAAAACUGGUGAUGAAAUGGAGAUUGAAAGAUUGGAAUACUAACCAGUGGUCUACUAUUAAGAUGGAAUUCCAUGAAUCAAAUGAAUUCAAUGAAACUAAAUUACAGAUCACAUGGAGCGGCAUUCCAGUAGGUGAAGAAGAUAGAGUUCGUUCCAACUUCGAAAACUACUAUGUAAGACCAAUGAAACUCAUUUUUGGUUUUGGUGUUGUCCUAUAG